ACUAUCUUGUUCUUCGGAUCUUCGGGUUUAUUGCCAUUGUCUUAUUGAAAUUAUUAAUUUUUCUUUUUGUCCAAUAUGAACACCAACGCUUGACAAUGCAUUGAAUUCUUAUUGAUACGUAAACAACCAACAACAGAAAUUAUAUUCAACAUUGUUGAUAUUCGAAAAAAAACAAAAUAAAAACUAGAAUAUUUUCUAGGGCAAAAAAAGUUUUGCAAUAAUAAUGUUUAGGAUGAUGAUGGAAUUGAAGCAGUUCAUAAUGGCGAAAUUGUCGCCAACAUUGACAAUGGAAACGAUAAUGACGAAUUUCGACAAAACAGCCAACACGGAAUCAUUCUUCUAUUCUAAUCAACGUCAACGUUUUUAUUAUUGUUCAUCAACAGAAAAUUUUGGACAAAUUCACUCCAUUAUCAUUCCUAGCUAUCGACAAUAUUGUCAUUCGGUUCGGAUCACCAACACUGAAAAGCAUAAAAAAAUUCACAAGAAUUUAAUCAUUAACGGCAAUUGUUUGGACAAUUCUUCUUCUUCACACUAUAACCAUUGGUCAUUCAUCAUUAUCUUUGUUGCAAUUAUUUUUAUGUUUGCUGAAAUCGUUUCAUCCAUGGCAACUUUAUCUACAAAAUCAAUGACAAUGGAAACAUCAACUAUUCCAUUUUCAAUGGAAACAUCAUCUUUGGCUACAAUUUCCACAUUAUCAUCGAAAUCAUCAUCAAUCAAAAUGAACAACGAUAGUCAAGAGAUGAAUACGAAAAUAACGCAGAUAAAAAAAUUAUCCGAUCGUGAUGAACAAUUAUCGGCAUUGAACGCCGAAAAGGAACGUUGUGAACAAUUGAAUUUUGUGAAAAAAAUGCCCAUCGAUUAUGUUGAUUAUGAUUCGAAUCAAGAUAUUGAUAUGGGCGAUGAUAAUGAACGAAUACGUUGUCCAAUCGUAUGGGAUGGUGCAUUAUGUUGGCCUGAAAGUCUUGCCAAUCGUAUUGUACAUCAACCAUGUCCCAAAUAUGUUAAAGGUUUCAAUCAUCAAGGCUGGGCAUAUAAGAAUUGUACAGAAGAUGGAUCAUGGUAUUAUAAUAAUGAAACUAAACGAUAUUGGACCGAUUAUUCCGAAUGUAUCAUAACACAUUCGGUUCAUGCAGAAAAUAAUCAUUCUCAUCAUUAUCAUCAUCCUCAUAAUCAUGCAACCGAUGGUUGGCAUUCAGGACAAACACAUUCGUCAAUGAACGGUGUUGUUGAAAAUGAUUUCUAUGAUGAUGAAGAUGAAGUUUCAUCAAAAAUGACCAGAAUACGUCAUCAUUUACCAAACUUUCAAAUUAUUUCACAUCUUGGCUAUUCAAUUUCAUUCAUUUCAUUAGUGGUUGCAUUUUUCAUUCUUGUUUAUGUCAAAUUUAUUUGCAGAAGACUACGGUGUCCACGUAACAGUCUACAUAUUCAGUUAUUCAUUUCAUUCAUUAUGCGUUCCUCCAUGUAUCUGAUAAAAACAAGUUUAGAACACUUUCCUUUUGAUCCCAAUCAAUUAAAUGUCAAUUCAAAAUUGAAACCAAAUACUCCAAAUCCAUCGAUAUCAUCAUUUCAUGAUAGCCAUCAUAAUUAUCAUCAUCAUAAUCAACAGCUACAGAAUUCCCUAAUGAAUAGUAUGAAACUUGAAGAUGAAAAUGAUUUGUCGAAUUUAUUGGGCAAUUAUGAUUGGGAAAAUUCUUUCCGUACUUCGUCUAUUGCAUGCAAAGUAUUCACAACUAUAUGGCAAUAUUCAUUAUUGGCUAAUUAUAAUUGGAUCUUUAUGGAAGGCUUAUAUUUGCAUAAUGUUAUUUUUCUUAACAUAUUUAAUGAUAAUUCCAACAUCAUACCAUAUGUUAUACUUGGAUGGUGUCUUCCUAUUCCGAUUGUUACAACAUGGGCAUUAAUGAGAUCAUUAUAUGAAGAUACACGUUGCUGGACAACAAAUAGUAAUUUGAAAAUUUUCUGGAUCAUGCGGGCACCAAUUACAAUUGUUAUUGUGUUGAAUUUUGUAUUCUUCGUCAACAUUAUACGUGUAUUAUUUUUGAAAAUGUUUGCUAAAUCGGCGGCAACAUAUGCAAGAAAAUAUAAAUAUCGUACCUGGUUUCGUUCAACAUUAGUAUUGGUUCCUUUAUUCGGUGUUCAUUAUAUGUUCUUUUUGGCAUUCACAACAAUCACAUUCAAUUCAUAUGAUAUAUUCGAAAUUAUCUGGCUAUAUACUGAUCUAACAUUUACAACAUUUCAGGGUUGUUUGGUUGCGUUAUUAUAUUGUUUCUUCAAUCAUGAAGUACAAAUUGAAUUAAAAAAACUAUGGCUAUCAUGUAAGCAACAUUUCUUAAAUAGACAUUUUUCAUUGGGCUAUAAUCAUUCUACCAUGUCGGGUAAUGGAAACAAUGGUCAACAACCACAUACAACCAAUCAUCAGACAAAUAAUUUAUCUAGCCGGAUUACGAAACAUUCGUUGAUGUCUAAUUGUAGCUCCUUCUUUCGUAGAGAGACCGAUCAGAAUACAUCGAGCGAAUUGAAUCGCUAUUCCCUUCAAUAUCAGCAAUCCCCACAACUUAAUCAACCACCUAAUAAUCUACAGGAAAAUCAACAUGAAAACAACAAUGAAAAUGAUGGUCAUUUAAAUGAAUUAAAUUUACCAUUAUCACCGUCAAGUGGACAAAGACGAUUACAUCAUCAAACUCAUCAUGUCGAUAAAACGUACAAUGUAGAUGAAGAGGAAAUGCCCACUGAUCCAGAUAUGAUCAACAAAUUAAUAUUGAUUGGCGAGACGGCCAUCUAAGUCAGCCAAUAAAAUUAAUCAAUGACGAAAAAGGAUUUUAAAAAAAAACUAAACGACAUUUAUAUUCAUCCAUUUUCAUUCUAUAUUGAGCUUGUUUUACUCAUUUAUUUUCAGGAUUCACACACUUUUUUCUGUACAAAUAGAUGAAAAUAAUUAUUUUCCCAUUCUUAUUUGAUAUAUAUACCAUCUUCAACAAGAUUUAAAAAUCUUUUUUCUCAAUCUUUUUUCCCAAUCUUUUUUCAUUCAUUGAUGUCGAAAGUUGUCCACACACAUUCUAUAUUUGUUUUAAAAUUAAGCUAACAAAUACAUUGUAAAUAACGAUACAAAAUCAGAACUGGAAUCAUUUCAAGAGUUUGGUCCUUACAAAAAUACAUACAUAUUAUUUAUUUAAAGAGAAAAAAGAACAAGAAAAUAUCCGAAAACAAAUUA